CCGUGAUUCAAGAUGGCUGCUUCCUUUUGACUCAACACGUGAAAUUUGUAAACAUUGUCAAAAUAUUAAUAUGGAAAGGGGUCUAAAACGAAUAAGAGAACUCGAAACAUUAAUUUUGAGUUUUGUACCCAGGAGAGAAUUGACUGUGCCUGAAUCAAAUCAAGUUUUGAAAUGUGUACUGGGUGGCGAUUAUGCUAAAGUUUUCCAGUAUCCCAUUGUUAAAGAUUUACUUCAGAGAAAAGGAACUUCUGUUCCCCUUCUUAAAAACUUAGUAGCAGAAAAUGUCAAGAGGAUUAUAACCCAGACAGACACACAGACAACAGCAGAAUGUGAGUUGGAGAUUCUAUGUGUAGCUAUUGCCUGUCUACAGAUUUUUGUUUGUCAGAACUGGUUAGGACCUCUGGCUUGUUUUACUGAUGAACUCAUCAACAUAAUUUCUGAUUCCAAUAAUGUGGAUCAGUGUCGUAAAGAGAUAUGUCAGGAGAUGAUGUGUGAUGGGGAGGAGGUGUACAGCUUAUGUCGGGGGAUAGAGUUCCUAUUUAUAGCUCAGUGUGUCCUGGCUGGGUGUCAGACUCACACACAGAGUUUACAGACAGUUGAGUGGUGGACUUUGAGGAGUGUGUACAUCUACCAACAGAUUCUGGAGGAUAAAUGUGCCUCCCUGAGAGAGCAGGUGCACGCUUUAAUUGACACAGUCUCAAAGAAAGAGCCCCUGAUGACAGAUGAUGGAAACAGGGACCUACUGACACAGUUCCAUAUCGAGGCUGGUUACAUUGGACAUACGUUCUUUGAUUAUAAGCUGGCUCAUGAGCACCUUCUUGCUGCCAAGAAAUGUACAGGGCUUCAGAUAAACUUAACAGGUGCCAUGGGGAAGAGAACCAGAUUCCAAGUAGAAGACAAAGCCCAGCUUGUUCUUGAAGUCAAAAGGGGCGAGGGGGGAACCAAGCAAGAAGAUACAGUCAAAACAAGGCUUCCAAAGAUUUUGAAUUUAGAUGAUGACACGGUAUUAGACGCCAUUAAUUUGACAGAACCAGGGACAGAGUUUGCUGUCGACAUGUCACCUGUGGAACAAGCUGUUGUCAUAGCAACUAUGGAGGAUCACUUGAGGACACACGCGAGUCAAGAGAGACUGACUGAGGAGGAAUCUGCUGCUCAUAUAGAGUGUGUUUUGUCUCAGGCGAAAUGCUGGAGUGUUACUUUGGCCUGUCUCUAUCGACGGUCUUGUUGUCUGGAGAAAGGAAGUCGUCGACGAGUGGAGAGGUCUAUGAUGCAGAUAGAGGAGUUGGUGAAUCAGAUGAAAACUAAUGACCCCCCGCCAUUAGACAGGCUCUUCUUGUUCUUCUCUGUGAAGCUUCCUCCAUUUUGGAAACUAGAGGUAAAACUGUACCAUUAA